AUGAUACGCUUUUUUUGCGUAUCUAUCUAUCUAUCUAUCUAUCUAUCUAUCUAUCUAUCUAUCUAUCUAUCUAUCUAUCUCCGUUUGUUCAUAUCUAUCUAUCUAUCUAUCUAUCUAUCUAUCUAUCUGUUUUUCCGCCUGUCUCAGUCUAUUCAUAUCUAUCUAUCCCAAUCUAUUCAUAUCUAUCUAUCUUCCUGUCAUGUAAGCAUGAUCAAUUCAUUUAAGGCUUUUUUUGCGGAUCUAUCUAUCUAUCUAUCUAUCUAUCUAUCUAUCUAUCUAUCUAUCUAUCUAUGUAUCUGUUUUUUCCGCCUGUCUCAGUCUAUUCAUAUCUAUCUCUCUCAAUCUAUUCAUAUCUAUCUAUCUUCCUGUCAUGUAAGCAUGAUCAAUUCAUUUAAGGCUUUUUUUUGCGGAUCUAUUCAUUCAUCUAUCUAUCUAUCUAUCUAUCUAUCUCUCUAUCUAUCUAUCUGUUUUUCCGCCUGUCUCAGUCUAUUCAUAUCUAUCUCUCUCAAUCUAUUCAUAUCUAUCUAUCUCCCUGUCAUGUAA